UUUUGCUCAUUCUGGCGAGAGUGAACAGCAGGUGCACUGUCCUCUGAGCUCUGAUGUUGAGACUGGUGACCAGGAUGCUCUGCCUGCUGCCCCUUGUCCUUCAGCUCCUGUCCCGCCCUGUGGCUGCUGCCCACGAUCUCCAAAGGGACAGGGCUGUAUGGGAUGGAGGAGGGUGUGUGUCACAGGAGAACCCCCAGGACCCUCAGUGCAAGCGGAUACAAGACAUCUAUGAUACAGGACUUGGAGAGGAACAACGCUAUUCAACUAAGAGUAACAAAACUGUAACAAGAUUGCGAAAAACUAGAGAAUCUGCAGUGAUUUCCACUUAUAAACUCACUAUGGGGGAUAACUCUAAAGAGAAUGACAGAUCUGAAACAUCUGCUGACAGUGGAAUCCGAGAGCACUCGAGGUCCAGACACUCAGCAAUGCACUUCACAUGGAACUCUACUUCUCAAACUGCGGACAACACCCGUACCUUGAAACAGAAAUCCACAGGGUCUUCUCAAAGCUCGGCCGUGGCAAGCCCUUUGGCACAGUCCUUUCCAGUGCCUUUGGACUUUCCAACCUCGGCCAGCACCAGUUCCUUGGCACAGUCCUCCCUAGUGUCCUCUUCUCCAAAAUCGCCUGUGAGAAGCCCUUUGGGACAGUCCUCCCCAGUGUCUUCUUCUCAAAAUUCGGCCCUGAAAAGACAAUCGGGAGAGUUCCGCAGAGUGCCUUCCUCUCCAACCUGGGCCGUGAACAGCCUCUUGGAAGAGUACUCACACGUGUCUUCUUCUCCAACCUCGGCCGCCGUGACCAGCCUCUCGGAACAGUCCUCCCCAGUGUCUUCCUCUCCAUCUUCUUCUCGAACCUCGGCCGUGACCAGCCUCUCGGAACAGUCCUCCCCAGUGUCUUCUUCUCCAACCUCGGCCGUGACCAGCGCCGUGACCAGCCUCUCGGAACAGUCCUCCCCACUGUCUUCUUCUCCAACCUCGGCCGUGACCGCCGUGACCAGCCUCUCGGAACAGUCCUCCCCAUUGUCUUCCUCUCCAACCUCGGCCGUGUCGGCCGUGACCAGCCUCUCGGAACAGUCCUCCCCAGUGUCUUCUUCUCCAACCUCGGCCGUGACCAGCCUCUCGGAACAGUCCUCCCCAGUGCCCACGGUCUCUCCAACCUCGGCCACCACCAACGGCUCCCCACAGUCCUCCCCAGUGUCUUCUUCUCCAACCUCAGCCAUGACCAACCCUUCAGCACAGUCCUCCCCUGUGUCUUCCUCUCCAACCUCGGCCGUGCCCACCGUCUCUCCAACCUCGGCCACCACCAACGGCUCCCCACAGUCCUCCCCAGUGUCUUCUUCUCCAACCACGGCCGUGACCAGCCCUUCGACACAGUCCUUCCCAGUGCCCUCGGCCUCUCCAACCUCGGCCACCACCAACGGCUCGGCACAGUCCUCCCCAGGGUCUUCUUCUCCAACCUCAGCCGUGACCAACCAUUCAGCACAGUCCUCCCCAGUGUCUUCUUCUCCAACCACGGCCGUGACCAGCCCUUCGACACAGUCCUUCCCAGUGCCUUCAGCCUCUCCAACCUCGGCCACCACUAGUGAUUCGGCACAGUCCUCCCCAGUGUCUGUUUCUCCAACCUCAGCCACUACCAGUGCCUGGGCACAGUCCUCCCCAGUGUCUUCUUCUCCAACCACGGCCGUGACCAGCCCCUCGGUUCAGUCCACCCCAGUGCCCUCGGCAUCUGCAACCUCGGCCACCACCAACCCCUCGGCACAGUCCUCCCCAGUGCCCUCGGCCUCUCCAACCUCGGCCACCACCAGCCCUUUGGCACAGUCCUCUCCAGUGUCUUCCUCUCCAACCUCGGCUGUGACCAGCCUCUCGGAACAGUCCUCCCCAGUGCCCUCGGCCUCUCCAACCUCGGCCAGCACCAGCGCCUCGGCACACUCCUCCCCAGUGUCUUCUUCUCCAACCUCGGCCGUGACCAGCACCUCAGAACAGUCCUCCCCAGUGCCCUCGGCCUCUCCAACCUCGGCCACCACCCGGACUUCAGAACAGUCCUCCCCAGUGUCUUCUUCUCCAACCUUGGCAGUGACCAGCGCCUCGGCACAGUCCUCCCCAGUGUCUUCUUCUCCAACCUCGGACGUGAUCAGCCCCUCGGCACAGUCCUCCCAAGUGCCCUCGGCCUCUCCAACCUCGGCCACCAUAAGCAGCUCUGCACCGUCCUCCCCACUGUCUUCUUCUCCAACCUCGGCUCUGACCAGCCCCUCAGCACAGUCCUCCCCAGUGCCCUCGGCCUCUCCAACCCUGUCCACCCCCAGCCCUUCGGCACCGUCCUCCCCUGUGUCUUCCUCUCCAACCUCAGCCGUGACCAGCCCCUCGGAACAGUCCUCCCCCGUGCCCUCGGCCUCUCCAACCUCGGCCACCACCCGCACUUCGGAACAGUCCUCCCCAGUGUCUUCUUCUCCACCCUCCGCCGUGACCAGCACCUUGGCACAGUCCUCCUCAGUGCCUUUGGCCACUCCAACCUCGGCCACCACCAGCGCCUCGGCACAGUCCUCCCCAGUGUCUUCUUCAACCUCGGACGUGACCAGCCCCUCGGCACAGUCUUCCCAAGUGCCCUCGGCCUCUCCAACCUCGGCCACCAUAAGCGGCUCUGCACCGUCCUCCCCAGUGUCUUCUUCUCCCACCUCGGCUGUGACCAGCCCCUCGGCACAGUCCUCCCCAGUGCCCUCGGCCUCUCCAACCUCGGCCACCACCAGCGCCUCGGUACAAUCCUCCCCAACGUCCUCUCCUUCUCCCACCUCGGCAGUGACCAGCCCCUCAGCCGUGUCCUCCCCAGCGUCCUAUGCUUCUCCAACCUCGGCCGCCACCAGCCCUUCGGCACAGUCCUCUCCAGCGUCUUCAGCCUCUCUAACCUCGGCCAUCACCAUCUCCUCGGCACAGUCUUCCCCAGUGUCUUCACAUGUAUCCACUCCUGGCUUCUCCAGUUCUUCAGGAACUUCUGCUUCCUCCUCGUCUGGGACGUCUUUGUUUUUCAGCACCACAACUCUGUCCACCUCAACCUCCAGAACAACGCCUACACCUACUAUCCGGAGCACCACCUCUGCCACAAUCCCAAUUUUCUCCACUAGUUCCACUAGUGUUUCAAUAAGAAGCACCCCCACUCCAACUCCUACUGCUUCAGGAACCACACCACGGAUCUGCUUAAAUGGAGGGACAUGGAACGGGAAGGUCUGUGUUUGCCCCAGCGGCUACCAAGGAGACCAUUGCGAGAACAGCGUCCCGAUCUGCAACAAUGGUGGCCACUGGGAUGGGAUCAAGUGUGUGUGCACUAACCUCUUCCAGGGGCCGAAGUGUGAGGAGGUGGUCCCCAGCAUUGAGAUAGAGCCUCCACCGGAGACUGUCUCUGCCCAGAUGGAAAUGACCGUGACAGUGACCAGUAUGGAGUACACCAAAGAGCUAGAAGACCGGAAUUCUGUACAAUUCCAGAACUUCAGUGAGAUAUUCACAAAAGAGAUGAACAUAGUUUAUCUUGGAAUCCCUGAGUAUCAAGGGGUCAACAUCACAAGGCUGUUUGCUGGCAGUAUUGUGGUAGAACAUGAAGUCAUCCUGAAGACCAACUACACCCCAGAAUACAAGGAAGUUUUAAAUAAGGUCACCCAGGAGGUGAAGGAAAAAAUCCAGAAUGUAACCAAGGAGCAAAUAAGCAGAAAUAAUACCUGCGAAUCUGUACUGUGCUACAAUACGACUGCCACCAAGGUGCAAACGGUCACAGUUACUGAAUACGACCCUGCAAAGGAAUGCCGGGAGAGGGCUGGAGAUGAUUACGCUGCCUACUUCUUCGUGGAGUACAAGGAAGAGAAACCGAACUGCAUCAACCGCUGUAUGCCAGGCUUCAACAGAUCCCUGAACUGCAACUUCGGGAAGUGCCAGCUAGACCGCAGUGGCCCUCGGUGCUACUGCCUGACCACAGACACUGACUGGUACAGUGGUGAAACCUGUGAGUUCAGCACCAAGAAGAGCCUGGUGUAUGGGCUUGUGGGGGCAGCUGGUGCCAUAGUGCUACUCGUCCUUGUUGUUCUCUUGAUGUUCAUGUUCCGUUCCAAGAAGGAGUUGAAAAGGCAAAAGUCUAGAGUGUUUCAGUUGUAUAAGUGGCAUGAAGAAGAUGGAGGACCAACCCCUGGAACUUUCCGAAACAUUGGCUUUGACAUCGAUGAAGCUCAAGAUGACGCCAUCCACUUGGACUCCAUUUAUAGUAACUUCCAGCCCUCCCUGGACCACAUAGAUUCUGAAACACAGAUCAAAAUUCAGAGGCCCCAGGUGAUGAUGACGUCAAUUUAAGGCAGUUUCACAUGGAGCUGUGGGGUCUGGGAGUGAGGAGAACUUACUUUGUCUAAGCCUGAUGGAAAUUUUCCCCAUUGACAGCAUUCAUGGAACCAGAUGAAAAACAAAACCUGUACCAAGGAGGAAGGGGGGAGAGAAUACAGUGCUAGAAAACUCUCAAAUACAAACACCAUGGAAACUCCGAUGGGCUUGUUAUGAUCUCAGGCGAGGCGCUCCUGUUCAUACAGGGAAGUUCUUCCUCCUGCCUGCCUUGUUUCAGCACCAAGGACAGCAUCUGAAUCACCUAUUAACUGGCGAUCACUUAAACAUGGGACUGAAAUUUACGUUAUACAAAACCUCUUGCAAGACUUAUUGUACUUCAUUUUCAUAAAAAAAUGUUUUAAACGAUUCAGCAUUUUCUUUGAGUAUAUAGGAUUAUAAGUAUUUUAAAAGUUCUAAUAUUUACCUAUCGGUUCUGAUUUUUUAUUAGUCAAUAUAAUAUAUAUUUCUAAUAACCAAAAACAAUAAAAGCAAA